AUGUGGAAUCGUAUUGGAAAUAUCGACCCUGUGAAUUUAUCGGAGGUUUGGUGUAAAAUACGUUCGUGGCUGAUAAAUGUUUUUUGUUUAACAUCGCUUGGAACAGUGUGUUCUGCUGCGUGUGAUCAAUAUCUCUCGACUAACCAUCGGUAUUCAUUGCGACAACGAAGCACACUGGUAUUAGCAUAUCAACUAGUCUUCAUCGUUGUAUUUUUCGCGACUAUUCAUAGUAUUCCUCUACUUGUUUAUUCGUCUAUUGAUCCAAUGGCUGGCUGUCAGAUUUCCAAUCGAAUCCUCAUUCGUUAUUACACCGUUUUCUAUUAUCCGUUCGUGACGACUAGUUUUCCAAUUAUCGUCGUCAGCUGGUCGAGUUUCUUAGCGUAUCGCAACGUUCGUCGUCUCGUUCGUCGACAUAUCCCAGUCAUUCGUCGUCGAUUGGAUCGACAGUUAACAGCGAUGAUUUUAACACGUUCAAUGUGUCUAAUCGCACUUGGUUUACCUUACAUUAUCUUUUCGCUCUAUGCACUUAAUAGUACCAUUCGUAAAGAUGAUGAGUUACGUUUAGCGAUCAGUCAGCUGUUCCAAGUAGUGACUCUAUCGUUAUUCUACACAAAUUAUUCAAUUAAUUUUUAUGUGUUUCUUCUCAUCUCAGCACAGUUUCGUCGACAAGUGAAAUACUAUUUUUUCAAAAGAUGGUUCCGGUCGAUCACGCAAGUACCUCAUCGAAGUCGAAAUAAAAUUGCACCACAAGCGAUCGCCAUUAUUGACCUCGAUUAA